AUGACCGCUUUCUGUAGCAAAUCUAUUGUGUGGGAAGGCAUUGGCUUUCACGCUGGCGGAGGCAUAGAGGGCGCUGUUGGUGUAAGUCCUAAAGGAAUCGGAGGCGCAUUUAAAUUAGGAGACGAGACUGAAGGCAGUAUUUCAACAAGUGGCAAUCUCUUUGAUACUGCCGGUCAUAUUAUAUCUGCAGGAGCAAAAGGAUUCAAAAAUGCAGUCAAUAGUGUAGCCCAUGGUAUAGCUUCAGCUGUAAAUUCUGUAGAUCGUGCAGGUGAAAUUGGAUUCUCGUCUGGACUAUCGAGCGUGAUUGGAGCAGAAAAUGACCUUUCAAGCGGUUCCAGCAGUAGCUCAUCAUCCGGUUCACAUUCAAGUGGUAGUUCCAGCAGUAGUUCACGUAAAUCAUCCAAAUCACGUGCAAGCGGUAGUUCAAGCAGCAGUUCACGUAAAUCAUCCAGUGCUCACUCAAGCGGAAUUUCCAGCAGUAGUUCACGUAAAUCCUCAGGUUCACACUCAAGCGGAAGUUCCAGCAGUAGUUCACGUAAAUCAUCCAGUUUACAUUCAAGUAAAAGAACCAGCAGCAGUUUAAAUAGAUCAUCCGGUUCACAUUCCAACGACUAUUCCAGCAGUGGUUCAAGCACCUUAGCCGGCUCACACUCAAGUGACUAUGCUGGCAGUAGCUUAAACAGCGCAACCGAUUCGCACUCAAGUGACUAUUCUGGCGGUAUUUCAAACAGCGUAACUGGAUCACACUCAAGUGAUUAUUCCAGCAGUGGUUCACGUAGUUCAACCGCUUCAGACUCAAGCGACUAUUCUGGCAGUAGCUUAAACAGCGCAACCGAUUCGCACUCAAGUGACUAUUCUGGCGGUAGCUCAAACAGCGUAACUGGAUCACACUCAAGUGAUUAUUCCAACAGUGGUUCACGUAGUUCAACCGCUUCAGACUCAAGCGACAUUUCUGGCAGUAGUUCAAACAGCGUACGUGGAUCACACUCAAGCGACUAUUCCGGAAGUAGUUUAAACAGCGCAACCGAUUCGCACUCAAGUGACUAUUCUGGUAGUAGUUCAAACAGCGCAACCGAUUCGCACUCAAGUGACUAUUCUGGUAGUAGUUCAAACAGCGUAACUGGAUCACACUCAAGUGAUUAUUCCAGCAGUGGUUCACGUAGUUCAACCGCUUCAGACUCAAGCGACUAUUCAGGCAGUAGCUUAAACAGCGUAAGUGGUUCACACUCAAGCGACUAUUCUGGAAGUAGCUUAAACAGCGCAACCGAUUCGCACUCAAGUGACUAUUCUGGCAGUAGCUUAAACAGCGCAACCGAUUCGCACUCAAGUGACUAUUCUGGCGGUAGCUCAAACAGCGUAACUGGAUCACACUCAAGUGAUUAUUCCAGCAGUGGUUCACGUAGUUCAACCGCUUCAGACUCAAGCGACAUUUCUGGCAGUAGUUCAAACAGCGUAAGUGGAUCACACUCAAGCGACUAUUCUGGCGGUACUUCAAACAGCGUAACUGGAUCACACUCAAGUGAUUAUUCCAGCAGUGGUUCACGUAGUUCAACCGCUUCAGACUCAAGCGACUAUUCUGGCAGUAGCUUAAACAGCGCAACCGAUUCGCACUCAAGUGACUAUUCUGGCGGUACUUCAAACAGCGUAACUGGAUCACACUCAAGUGAUUAUUCCAGCAGUGGUUCACAUAGUUCAACCGCUUCAGACUCAAGCGACAUUUGUGGCAGUAGUUCAAACAGCGUAAGUGGAUCACACUCAAGCGACUAUUCCGGAAGUAGUUUAAACAGCGCAACCGAUUCGCACUCAAGUGACGAUUCUGGUAGUAGUUCAAACAGCGCAACCGAUUCGCACUCAAGUGACUAUUCUGGCGGUAGCUCAAACAGCGUAACUGGAUCACACUCAAGUGAUUAUUCCAGCAGUGGUUCACGUAGUUCAACCGCUUCAGACUCAAGCGACAUUUCUGGCAGUAGUUCAAACAGCGUAAGUGGAUCACACUCAAGCGACUAUUCUGGCGGUACUUCAAACAGCGUAACUGGAUCACACUCAAGUGAUUAUUCCAGCAGUGGUUCACGUAGUUCAACCGCUUCAGACUCAAGCGACUAUUCUGGCAGUAGCUUAAACAGCGCAACCGAUUCGCACUCAAGUGACUAUUCUGGCAGUAGCUCGAACAGCGUAACUAGAUCACACUCAAGUGAUUAUUCCAGCAGUGGUUCACAUAGUUCAACCGCUUCAGACUCAAGCGACAUUUCUGGCAGUAGUUCAAACAGCGUAAGUGGAUCACACUCAAGCGACUAUUCCGGAAGUAGCUUAAACAGCGCAACCGAUUCGCACUCAAGUGACUAUUCUGGUAGUAGUUCAAACAGCGUAACUGGAUCACACUCAAGUGAUUAUUCCAGCAGUGGUUCACGUAGUUCAACCGCUUCAGACUCAAGCGACUAUUCAGGCAGUAGCUUAAACAGCGUAAGUGGUUCACACUCAAGCGACUAUUCUGGAAGUAGCUUAAACAGCGCAACCGAUUCGCACUCAAGUGACUAUUCUGGCAGUAGCUUAAACAGCGCAACCGAUUCGCACUCAAGUGACUAUUCUGGCGGUAGCUCAAACAGCGUAACUGGAUCACACUCAAGUGAUUAUUCCAGCAGUGGUUCACGUAGUUCAACCGCUUCAGACUCAAGCGACUAUUCUGGCAGUAGCUUAAACAGCGCAACCGAUUCGCACUCAAGUGACUAUUCUGGCAGUAGCUCAAACAGCGUAACUGGAUCACACUCAAGCGACUAUUCUGGCAGUAGCUUAAAAAGCGCAACCGAUUCGCACUCAAGUGACUAUUCUGGCAGUAGCUCGAACAGCGUAACUGGAUCACACUUAAGUGAUUAUUCCAGCAGUGGUUCAAAUAGUUCAACCGCUUCAGAUUCAAGCGACAUUUCUGGCAGUAGUUCAAACAGCGUAAGUGGAUCACACUCAAGCGACUAUUCCGGAAGUAGCUUAAACAGCGCAACCGAUUCGCACUCAAGUGACUAUUCUGGUAGUAGUUCAAACAGCGUAACUGGAUCACACUCAAGUGAUUAUUCCAGCAGUGGUUCACGUAGUUCAACCGCUUCAGACUCAAGCGACUAUUCUGGCAGUAGCUUAAACAGCGCAACCGAUUCGCACUCAAGUGAUUAUUCUGGCAGUAGCUCAAACAGCAUAACUGGAUCACACUCAAGCGACUAUUCUGGCAGUAGCUUAAACAGCGCAAUCGAUUCGCACUCAAGUGACUAUUCUGGCGGUACUUCAAACAGCGUAACUGGAUCACACUCAAGUGAUUAUUCCAGCAGUGGUUCACGUAGUUCAACCGCUUCAGACUCAAGUGACUAUGCUGGCAGUAGCUUAAACAGCGCAACCGAUUCGCACUCAAGUGACUAUGCUGGCAGUAGCUUAAACAGCGUAAGUGGUUCACACUCAAGCGACUAUUCUGGAAGUAGCUUAAACAGCGCAACCGAUUCGCACUCAAGUGACUAUUCUGGCAGUAGCUUAAACAGCGUAACUGGAUCACACUCAAGUGAUUAUUCCAGCAGUGGUUCACGUAGUUCAACCGCUUCAGACUCAAGCGACUAUUCUGGCAGUAGCUUAAACAGCGUAAGUGGUUCACACUCAAGCGACUAUUCUGGAAGAAGCUUAAACAGCGCAACCGAUUCGCACUCAAAUGACUAUUCUGGCAGUAGCUCAAACAGCGUAACUGGAUCACACUCAAGUGAUUAUUCCAGCAGUGGUUCACGUAGUUCAACCGCUUCAGACUCAAGCGACUAUUCUGGCAGUAGCUUAAACAGCGCAACCGAUUCGCACUCAAGUGACUAUUCUGGCGGUACUUCAAACAGCGUAACUGGAUCACACUCGAGUGAUUAUUCCAGCAGUGGUUCACGUAGUUCAACCGCUUCAGACUCAAGCGACUAUUCUGGCAGUAGCUUAAAGAGCGCAACCGAUUCGCACUCAAGUGACUAUUCUGGCGGUAGCUCAAACAGCGUAACUGGAUCACACUCAAGUGAUUAUUCCAGCAGUGGUUCACGUAGUUCAACCGCUUCAGACUCAAGCGACAUUUCUGGCAGUAGUUCAAACAGCGUAAGUGGAUCACACUCAAGCGACUAUUCUGGCGGUACUUCAAACAGCGUAACUGGAUCACACUCAAGCGACUAUUCUGGCAGUAGCUUAAAAAGCGCAACCGAUUCGCACUCAAGUGACUAUUCUGGCAGUAGCUCGAACAGCGUAACUGGAUCACACUCAAGUGAUUAUUCCAGCAGUGGUUCACAUAGUUCAACCGCUUCAGACUCAAGCGACAUUUCUGGCAGUAGUUCAAACAGCGUAAGUGGAUCACACUCAAGCGACUAUUCCGGAAGUAGCUUAAACAGCGCAACCGAUUCGCACUCAAGUGACUAUUCUGGUAGUAGUUCAAACAGCGUAACUGGAUCACACUCAAGUGAUUAUUCCAGCAGUGGUUCACGUAGUUCAACCGCUUCAGACUCAAGUGACUAUGCUGGCAGUAGCUUAAACAGCGCAACCGAUUCGCACUCAAGUGACUAUGCUGGCAGUAGCUUAAACAGCGUAAGUGGUUCACACUCAAGCGACUAUUCUGGAAGUAGCUUAAACAGCGCAACCGAUUCGCACUCAAGUGACUAUUCUGGCAGUAGCUCAAACAGCGUAACUGGAUCACACUCAAGUGAUUAUUCCAGCAGUGGUUCACGUAGUUCAACCGCUUCAGACUCAAGCGACUAUUCUGGCAGUAGCUUAAACAGCGCAACCGAUUCGCACUCAAGUGACUAUUCUGGCGGUACUUCAAACAGCGUAACUGGAUCACACUCGAGUGAUUAUUCCAGCAGUGGUUCACGUAGUUCAACCGCUUCAGACUCAAGCGACUAUUCUGGCAGUAGCUUAAAGAGCGCAACCGAUUCGCACUCAAGUGACUAUUCUGGCGGUAGCUCAAACAGCGUAACUGGAUCACACUCAAGUGAUUAUUCCAGCAGUGGUUCACGUGGUUCCACCGCUUCAGACUCAAGCGACUAUUCUGGCAGUAGCUUAAACAGCGUAAGUGGUUCACACUCAAGCGACUAUUCUGGCAGUAGCUUAAACAGCGCAACCGAUUCGCACUCAAGUGACUAUUCUGGCAGUAGCUUAAACAGCGCAACCGAUUCGCACUCAAGUGACUAUUCUGGCGGUAGCUCAAACAGCGUAACUGGAUCACACUCAAGUGAUUAUUCCAGCAGUGGUUCACGUAGUUCAACCGCUUCAGACUCAAGCGACAUUUCUGGCAGUAGUUCAAACAGCGUAAGUGGAUCACACUCAAGCGACUAUUCUGGCAGUAGCUUAAAAAGCGCAACCGAUUCGCACUCAAGUGACUAUUCUGGCAGUAGCUCGAACAGCGUAACUGGAUCACACUCAAGUGAUUAUUCCAGCAGUGGUUCACAUAGUUCAACCGCUUCAGACUCAAGCGACAUUUCUGGCAGUAGUUCAAACAGCGUAAGUGGAUCACACUCAAGCGACUAUUCCGGAAGUAGCUUAAACAGCGCAACCGAUUCGCACUCAAGUGACUAUUCUGGCGGUAGCUCAAACAGCGUAACUGGAUCACACUCAAGUGAUUAUUCCAGCAGUGGUUCACGUAGUUCAACCGCUUCAGACUCAAGCGACUAUUCUGGCAGUAACUUAAACAGCGUAAGUGGUUCACACUCAACCGAUUCGCACUCAAGUGACUAUUCUGGCAGUAGCUCAAACAGCGUAACUGGAUCACACUCAAGUGAUUAUUCCAGCAGUGGUUCACGUAGUUCAACCGCUUCAGACUCAAGCGACAUUUCUGGCAGUAGUUCAAACAGCGUAAGUGGAUCACACUCAAGCGACUAUUCUGGCAGUAGCUUAAAAAGCGCAACCGAUUCGCACUCAAGUGACUAUUCUGGCAGUAGCUCGAACAGCGUAACUGGAUCACACUCGAGUGAUUAUUCCAGCAGUGGUUCACGUAGUUCAACCGCUUCAGACUCAAGCGACAUUUCUGGCAGUAGUUCAAACAGCGUAACUGGAUCACACUCAAGUGACUAUUCUGGCAGUAGCUCAAACAGCGUAACUGGAUCACACUCAAGUGAUUAUUCCAGCAGUGGUUUACAUAGUUCAACCGCUUCAGACUCAAGCGACAUUUCUGGCAGUAGUUCAAACAGCGUAAGUGGAUCACACUCAAGCGACUAUUCUGGAAGUAGCUUAAACAGCGCAACCGAUUCGCACUCAAGUGACUAUUCUGACAGUAGCUCAAACAGCGUAACUGGAUCACACUCAAGUGAUUUUUCCAGCAGUGGUUCACGUAGUUCAACCGCUUCAGACUCAAGCGACUAUUCUGGCAGUAGCUUAAACAGCGCAACCGAUUCGCAUUCAAGUGACUAUUCUGGCAGUAGCUCAAACAGCGUAACUGGAUCACACUCAAGUGAUUAUUCCAGCAGUGGUUCACGUAGUUCAACCGCUUCAGACUCAAGCGGCUAUUCUGGCAGUAACUUAAACAGCGUAAGUGGUUCACACUCAAGCGACUAUUCUGGAAGUAGCUUAAACAGCGCAACCGAUUCGCACUCAAGUGACUAUUCUGGCAGUAGCUCAAACAGCGUAACUGGAUCACACUCAAGUGAUUAUUCCAGCAGUGGUUCACGUAGUUCAACCGCUUCAGACUCAAGCGACAUUUCUGGCAGUAGUUCAAACAGCGUAAGUGGAUCACACUCAAGCGACUAUUCUGGCAGUAGCUUAAACAGCGCAACCGAUUCGCACUCAAGUGACUAUUCUGGCGGUAGCUCAAACAGCGUAACUGGAUCACACUCAAGUGAUUAUUCCAGCAGUGGUUCACGUAGUUCAACCGCUUCAGACUCAAGCGACUAUUCUGGCAGUAACUUAAACAGCGUAAGUGGUUCACACUCAACCGAUUCGCACUCAAGUGACUAUUCUGGCAGUAGCUCAAACAGCGUAACUGGAUCACACUCAAGUGAUUAUUCCAGCAGUGGUUCACGUAGUUCAACCGCUUCAGACUCAAGCGACAUUUCUGGCAGUAGUUCAAACAGCGUAAGUGGAUCACACUCAAGCGACUAUUCUGGCAGUAGCUUAAAAAGCGCAACCGAUUCGCACUCAAGUGACUAUUCUGGCAGUAGCUCGAACAGCGUAACUGGAUCACACUCGAGUGAUUAUUCCAGCAGUGGUUCACGUAGUUCAACCGCUUCAGACUCAAGCGACAUUUCUGGCAGUAGUUCAAACAGCGUAACUGGAUCACACUCAAGUGACUAUUCUGGCAGUAGCUCAAACAGCGUAACUGGAUCACACUCAAGUGAUUAUUCCAGCAGUGGUUUACAUAGUUCAACCGCUUCAGACUCAAGCGACAUUUCUGGCAGUAGUUCAAACAGCGUAAGUGGAUCACACUCAAGCGACUAUUCUGGAAGUAGCUUAAACAGCGCAACCGAUUCGCACUCAAGUGACUAUUCUGACAGUAGCUCAAACAGCGUAACUGGAUCACACUCAAGUGAUUUUUCCAGCAGUGGUUCACGUAGUUCAACCGCUUCAGACUCAAGCGACUAUUCUGGCAGUAGCUUAAACAGCGCAACCGAUUCGCAUUCAAGUGACUAUUCUGGCAGUAGCUCAAACAGCGUAACUGGAUCACACUCAAGUGAUUAUUCCAGCAGUGGUUCACGUAGUUCAACCGCUUCAGACUCAAGCGACUAUUCUGGCAGUAACUUAAACAGCGUAAGUGGUUCACACUCAAGCGACUAUUCUGGAAGUAGCUUAAACAGCGCAACCGAUUCGCACUCAAGUGACUAUUCUGGCAGUAGCUCAAACAGCGUAACUGGAUCACACUCAAGUGAUUAUUCCAGCAGUGGUUCACGUAGUUCAACCGCUUCAGACUCAAGCGACAUUUCUGGCAGUAGUUCAAACAGCGUAAGUGGAUCACACUCAAGCGACUAUUCUGGCAGUAGCUUAAAAAGCGCAACCGAUUCGCACUCAAGUGACUAUUCUGGCAGUAGCUCGAACAGCGUAACUGGAUCACACUCAAGUGAUUAUUCCAGCAGUGGUUCACAUAGUUCAACCGCUUCAGACUCAAGCGACAUUUCUGGCAGUAGUUCAAACAGCGUAAGUGGAUCACACUCAAGCGACUAUUCUGGAAGUAGCUUAAACAGCGCAACCGAUUCGCACUCAAGUGACUAUUCUGGCGGUAGCUCAAACAGCGUAACUGGAUCACACUCAAGUGAUUAUUCCAGCAGUGGUUCACGUAGUUCAACCGCUUCAGACUCAAGCGACAUUUCUGGCAGUAGUUCAAACAGCGUAAGUGGAUCACACUCAAGCGACUAUUCUGGCAGUAGCUUAAAAAGCGCAACCGAUUCGCACUCAAGUGACUAUUCUGGCAGUAGCUCGAACAGCGUAACUGGAUCACACUCAAGUGAUUAUUCCAGCAGUGGUUCACGUAGUUCAACCGCUUCAGACUCAAGCGACUAUUCUGGCAGUAGCUUAAACAGCGCAACCGAUUCGCACUCAAGUGACUAUUCUGGCAGUAGAUCAAACAGCGUAACUGGAUCACACUCAAGGGAUUAUUCCAGCAGUGGUUCACGUAGUUCAACCGCUUCAGACUCAAGCGACAUUUCUGGCAGUAGUUCAAACAGCGUAACUGGAUUAGACUCAAGUGACUAUUCUGGCAGUAGCUCAAACAGCGUUACAGGAUCACACGCAAGUGAUUAUUCCAGCAGUGGUUCACAUAGUUCAACUGCUUCAGACUCAAGCAAUUAUUCUGACAGUAGCUUGAACAGCGUAGAUGGAUCUCACUCGAGCGACUAUUCCAGCAGUAGUUCAAAUGAUGCUACAGGAUUUCACUCGAGCGAGCAUUCUAGCAUUAGUUCAGACAGUGCCAUAGGGUCACAGUCGAGCGAUUAUUCCAGCACUAGUUCAAACGAUGUAACGGGAUCACACUCAAGUGAACAAUUAAGCAGUAGUUCAGAUAGCGCUACAGGAUCACAUUCGAGCGACUACUCCCGAAGUAGUUCAAAUAGCGCCACAGGAUCACACUCAAGCGAGCAUUCGAGCAGUAGUUCAGACAGCGCCACAGGAUCACACUCAAGCAAUUACUUCAGCAGUAGUUCAAACAGCGCAACCGGGUCACAUUCAGGCGGCUCUUACAGCAGUAGUUCAUACGAUGACUCCAGUUCGACCUCCAACGGCCUUGGCAGUUCAAGUAGUUUAAGCUACAGUAACUCUGGUUCAUAUUCCAACGAUCUUGGCAUUUUAGGUAGUCAUGCUAAAUCCGGUUCUUUAUUAGGCGACCUUGGAAAGUUAGGUAGUCAUAUUGACAUUGGUUCUUUAAUUAGCCGCCUUGGCAGUUCAGGUAGUUCGAGUCAUGCUAAAUUCGGAUCUUUCUCUAGUGGCUUUGGUAGUUCAGGUAGCUCAAGUCAUGCUAACUCUGGUUCAUUCUCCAGCGGCCUGGGCAUUUUAGGUAGCUCAAGUCAUGCCAAGUCCGGUUCAUUCUCCAGCGGCCUUGGCAUUACAGGUAGAUCGAGAAGUUCCUACUCCCGUUCAUUCUAA